AUGAGAGGUGUUGUGCUUGCUGCUUCCAACGAAGUCAAUGAUCUGUUGUUCAGGAGUCGAGGACGCGAGAGUGGCAAAGUCGCUAGAUCACCCUUGACACGGGCAUACCUCACGGGUGUAGAGAAGCGACUGCACAGUCUGGAGUCUCUGGUCACGCAGUUGCUACCUGGAGUUGAUAUUGAAGACUUGUUAUCAGCUCCAAAUGUGGCUGGCUCUGCACGAUCCGUCAUCAUCCAGUCUCAGACGCCAGAAGUAGCACCAAGCCCCCAGGGCAGCACCCACUCAAGCACACAUGAGCCUGCGUUACCUGAAGCUGUACCCAACAAUGUCGAUGGCUUCAAUUGGCAAGAAGAAGACGUCAAUGUCGAUGGGCUGACUGAUGGCAUGGCCGCCCUGUCAGUCGAGCCUACUGGUGUAGGUUAUUUGGGCUCGACUUCUGGAGUCGUUUUCCUUCGAUGUUUGCUGGACUGGGCCGGCUUUCUGCACCAGUCUGUUCCAAGGCCUCAACAGAGUAUGGCGACUCCAUCCGCUUCCUUUCGAAACGUAUUGGCAACAUCGCACAUCUCGCAUGCAGCUCUCACAACACAACUGUCGUCGAGCUUGAUUGAUGCCUACUUUGCCAACUACCACGUAGUCUAUCCAUUCGUUCACGAAGCAACAUUCCGAGCGCAGUACCAUGAAGUCGUCCCGCGGCCCUCAAAGAAGUCGUGGAACAUGCUUUCCCAUGCGAUCAUAGCACUCGGCGCGUGGUCGUUGAACAACGAUCAAAUUGGACUGGAAGACUACUUAUAUCGCCGGGCCUUGACCCUGGGUCAGGAAGAGUCGGUGUUUGAAGCUGCCAGCCUGACUUCUGUACAAGCACUCAUACUUCUGAGCAACCUAAGUCAGAAGCGCAAUAGCCCAAAUACGGGAUGGAAUCUGUUAGGCCUCGGCGUUCGCACAGCGCUCAGUCUAGCCCUCCACCGAGAACUUCCUCACUGGAACAUCACCCUGAUCGAGCGCGAGACGAGACGUAGAGUAUGGUGGGGUCUCUACAUCUUCGACAGUGGAGCUUCGACGACAUUCGGUCGCGCUAUCAUGUUGCCUGACCAAGAGACUAUGGAUGUUCAUGCUGUGCUGAACAUCCACGACGAGUCACUUACACCACAAACUACAACGCUGCCUACUGAGGUUGACGAACCGACUAUAUACUCCUCUCUCAGAGUGCAGAGUAGUUUUCACCUACAGACGAACCACAUCUCAAACAAACUACUAGCCGAACCCGGGCUCUCUGCGGAGGCCGCGCUCGCUUUGAACGCUUCCAUGGAUGCGUGGACACACACAGUUCCGACAUAUUUCCAGCUUUCGCAUGCACCCAGAUCGACGGCUCCAUGGUACUCAUUCGCCCGCUCUCGACUGUGGUGGAGGUUCUGGAAUCUCAAAAUCAUCAUAUUCCGACAGAUCUUAUUGCGCCGAGCCAUUUCCGAGCGAGGCCAGAUCCCAGACCUAGCCAUGCAGUCAAGCCAAGAGGACUGUAAGCGAAUUUGUCUUGAAGCCGCGCAUUCUACAGUGGUUUCGAUACAUCAAUAUGCAACACAGGACUUGAACAGACUGGAGGGGUGGUACGCCACGUACUUCCUUUUCCACGCGGCACUAGUAAUAACCCUUUGCAUCAUCAGCUUCCCACGCGCUGAGGAGACUGCAAUCUGGUACGACGAUGUUCGCUUGGCCCGAACCACCUUCCGCGAACGGCUAGUUGGGGAUUCGCUGUCAGCUCGCUGCGUGGCCAUCCUUGACCAAGUGGUGUCUGACGGCGAGUUGGACUCCGGUACACUGCAGGAUCUGGAGCUGGAUAAAGACGCCUUGAGUACGUUUCCAUGGUCUGUUGAGUCCAAUGAGUUAUUCAACUCCUUCGAUUGGGAUUUUACUACGUCCGGUUUCUAA